AUGAAUUUACAGAAGUUAAAGUGCCAGAGAAAUGGUAUUAAGAAAAUCAUCGAGCGAUUUAUCGAGAAAUUAGCAGAGGCGAGAGAAGAAGAUUACAUGAUAGAGUUCGAUGCUACCUUAGAGACUGUUCAGAGUAAAGUCGACAUUCUCCAGAGCCUGAACGAGAAAAUUCUUGCACAAACCGACGUAGAUGCCACAGAGGACGAGAUGGUAGAAUCCGAAGAAUAUACACUCAACCUAGAAAUCAGAUUACGCAAAUUCAAACGAUAUACCGCAGAAAGAUCUAGUCACAAAGAUAAAGAAACACAGGAAAUCGAUAUCCAACCCCGAGAUACGAACCGCAUAGAUGAAAAUUCGUCAAACCACAGUAAGCAACCGCCGUCAUUACCGCCGUCUUUUCCGUGCAUGAGUACAUCGAACGCAUCGCAAUUCAGUAGACUACCUAAGCUCACAUUGCCAAAGUUUGAUGGGGACCUAUUACAGUGGCAAUCUUUCUUGGACUCAAUUGACUCGUCAGUUCACAGCAACAUGAAUCUAAGUGAUGUGCAGAAAUUUGGAUACCUUAAAGCCCAAUUAGAAGGUACAGCCGCCAUGACAGUCGAGGGUUUCGCGCUCACCAAUGCAAAUUACAAAAGAGCAGUGGAGUUAUUAUGUGAAAGAUAUGGUCAACAGAACAAAAUAGUUCAUGCCACUAUGCAAGCGUUACUGAAUCUACCAGCACCUUCAUCUACGAUCAGCAGUUUAAGACAUUUUUAUGAUAAAAUGGAAACUUACAUCCGAGGCUUGGAAUCAUUGGGUCAGAGUCAAGACAUGUACGGCAGCCUUCUCGUUCCCAUAGUUAUAGACAAAUUACCCAUAGACUUGAGAAAAAAUCUCGCCCGUGUGAAUGAGAAUAACGACUGGAUAAUUCAAGACCUGAGACGUGCGAUCAACAAGGAGAUCAACAUUCUUCAGACCGGAAGUUCGAAUCACAGACCGGAUGUCGAUGCACACAGACCAACUGCGCUGUUCUAUGCCGGAGCUAGAGGUAAGAACGCUUCAAAUUUUAGUGCAUCAAAUUCAAAUGAACAAUAUAAACAGUCUGGCAAAUGUGCGUUUUGCCAAAAAGGUCACCAUAGCAACGAGUGUAGAACUUUUCCCGACAUGGGUACGAGAUUAACUGUUGUAAAGCAGAAACAGCUUUGUUUUAAUUGUCUGGGCAAACAUCAAAUUUCACACUGUAAAUCGAGAAAAACUUGCCGUUUCUGUAACAAAAGACACCAUUCGAGUAUUUGUUCUAAAAAUACAGCAUUCCGCAGGGAUCCACCGAAUAAUUCGGAAGCAGCCGUAUUUUACGCAAAAGCAGGUGACACCAGGCCCGAUGUGUUGUUAAAAACUGCUGUAGCCGAGGUUGGAUUUGACCAGUUUACGACAACCGCAAAUAUUUUAUUUGAUGAAGGAGCGCAGAGAACCUUUAUUACUGAGAAACUUGCGAACGAUUUACACUUACCUCGUACUGGCACUGACGUUAUUCGUGUGGCAUCGUUUGGGAACCAGUACCAAGAUAUACGGCACAUGGACAAAGCUGAUAUCUAUUUGAAAACAGACUAUGGUAAAAAGAUAAAAAUGCAUGUGCUUAUAGUGCCUACCAUUGCCGUUCCGUUUCAAAAUAGAAUCCAGAAAGAAGCAGCAACGUUACCUUACCUACAGGGGCUCAGACUUGCACAUCCGGUUACGACUGAUGACGUAUUUGAAAUUUCCUUGUUAAUAGGUGCGGAUUAUUAUUGGCAGAUUGUACAAGACAGAGUGAUUCGUGGAAAUGGUCCCACAGCCGUAAAAUCCAAGAUAGGAUAUUUGUUAUCAGGUCCCAUGAACCAUCAUUCUACCCCAACACAUGCAAACUAUAUCAUGAAUGUUGUAACAGCGCCACCUACAGCAGACGACAUCGAGCGGUUCUGGAAACUUGAGAGUUUAGGCAUAUCGGCAGACGAAAAUGACAUAGCUGAAGCCAACGCAAUGAGAGAGUAUCAACAGUCACAUAUAUCUUUUAAUAAUGGUAAAUACGAAGCACGGUUACCAUGA